AUGGUCGGCUCUCUGGACGACUGCGGCUCGCCGAGCAAUGGUAUCGGUAUCGGCAACCAGACUGUCACCGUGCGGGACACUGUCCCCGACAAUUCUAGCGUCCCUAAACCGAAAAGACUGGCCUGCAUGAUUUGCCGGAAGCGCAAGCUCAAGUGUGACGGGGUUCGUCCAAGCUGCAGCACUUGCUCGAGGUUAGGCCAUCCAUGCGCCUAUGACGAACAACGACGAAAGAGUGGCCCCAAGAGAGGAUAUGUCAAGGCCCUGGAGGAGCGGCUAAAGCAAGUCGAAACUAUGCUAAAGACCCAAGAUCCCGCGCCACCCAAAACCCCCAACCCCGGCACCAAAAGCAUAAGCGUGCCGAUGCCUCGGACGCAUAAUGCCACAUCAGCAACACCGAACCUGGGCGUCAGCAACCCGUCAAUAGGCCUCGGCCCCGAACGCGACAUAGACAGGUGGCAGCAGCAAUUCGGUGGGGAAUCGCCUCAAGGCGCCACCAUGGACGAUUUCAACUUUAAUUCGAGCAUCGGCAUGCCCAUGGACAAUGUCGGCGAAGGAAACUUUACCUGGGAAAUGAUAGGUCUCGGCCUCGAAGAACCCUUGCCCCCUCAAGAAACAAUCGAUGAACUCCAUCAGGUAUACUUUGAAAAGGUUCAUCCUUCCAUGCCCAUGAUCCAUCGGUAUCGAUACCUUGCCGCCAUGAACUUAGCCCCGAAUCAGCGACCACCAGUAUGCUUGCGAUAUGCCAUGUGGACCUUGGCAUGCUCCAUUACUGACAAGUACUCCGACUUGAAAGACCUGUUUUACCACAGGGCUCGCAAGUAUGUCGAAGCCGACUACAUCAGGGGUUAUGGUGAGCACAUGAUUUCAGUGGCGCACUGCCAGACACACACUCUUCUGGCAGCCUAUGAGAUGAAGAUGAUGUACUUUCCGCGUGCAUGGAUCAACACGGGCUCAGCUGUCCGUCUGGCUCAGAUGACUGGGCUCCAUCGAUUGGACGGUACUGGGUUGGACGUGAAGCAAUGUUUGCCACCACCCAAAGAUUGGACCGAACGAGAAGAACGACGUCGCACCUUCUGGAUGGCUUUUUGUGAGGAUCGCUAUGCCAGUAUCGGCACUGGAUGGCCAAUGACGAUUGACGAGAGGGACAUCAUGACCAAAAUGCCUUCGUCGGAAGAAGCAUACGACAUGAGCCGUCCGGAGCAGACGCAAACGCUGGCGGAGUGUACCGCUCCGUCUGGCGCCGCAAAGCUGUCGUCCUUUGGCGGAGUUGUGCUGAUGGCGAGCUUGUUUGGCCGCAAUCUGGUGCAUCUUCAUCGAUCCGACGAAGACGACCUCGAUCAUGACUUGAACGGGCCUUUCUGGAAGCGACACCGCCAAUUGGACAGCAUUCUUCUCAACACCUCACUUGGCCUCCCCAUCCAUCUCAAGCUCCCUUCGGGCCUGUCCAAUCCCAACGUCAUCUUCACCAACAUGAGCAUUCAUACAUCAACAAUUUGUCUACACCAAGCAGCGAUAUUCAAGGCGGAUAAGAACAAGCUGGCCGCCUCGGUCAGUUCAGAAAGUAAGGUGCGGUGUAUCACAGCCGCAAAUGAAAUCGCAAGCAUCAUGAGAACGAUAUCGCACAUGGACCUCUCGGCGAUGAACCCAUUCAUUUCUUUCUGCCUCUAUGUUGCUGCUCGGGUUUUCGUUCAAUAUCUCAAGAGCCGCCCAGACGACGAUCAAACCGCCGACUCGUUACAAUUCCUCUUGUCAGCGAUGAGUGCCUUGAAACGAAGAAACCCACUAACAGAGUCGUUUUUGGUACAGCUUGAUAUUGACUUUGAAGCCUUGGCUGUUCGCAUCCCGAAAUUGCGAAAUGCAUUCCCUCGCUCUGGUGAUAGCCCUCAUGUGGGCGGUAGGAAAGAUGACAAUGGUGGUCGUCUGUGCACCGAUCCUGAAACGAUUCAAGGCAUGAUGGCCUACCAGUCAGAAUGUCAUUUCGUAGAAGGCACGGGGGACGACGGAAACCCAGCCAACGCACAUGACACGGCCGAGAGCCUCUGCGACAAUGUGGGGAGGGGGACGGCUUCCAGCGGCGGUCUCGGCGGGCCGGCUUGGCUCUCGGCAAGCCGAGGCUCUGCGACAGUCCUGACACCCAGCUCUGGUGCCAUGUACGAGAAGAGUGGCGAAGGUCAAGACGGGCAAGGAUCAUCAGAUGCCGGACAAUCGAACGGUCCAACGCCAAACUCCAGCGGGGCCGGCUCAGACGCAAGACCGCACCUGGCUUCGGGAAUGGGCGCCGCGAGGCAAGAAAAUGCCUUCAACCCGAGUCCGAUAUCUCCUCACCCCAGCAUCAUCAACACAGGCGGGCCCAUGGAUGCCAACGCUCACCAAAAUUUCUUCGCGCAAGCCAGCGGCUACAACAUGGGGCCCGGCCUGGCUGGACAACAGCAAAGCAGCGGUUUCGCAAUGGCGGCAAACGGGUGGACCGAUAUGAAUGGCCCGCCUCCACCCGCCGCCAUGACGCCUGUCGGCGAAGGGGUACUCCGGGCGUUGAUGAACAUGGGACCCAUGGACGCCAUGGAUUUGUCGGCCUGGGACUCGGGACAGGACAGUGCGAUGAGAGGUUGA